AUGUCUGCAAAGGCUGGGACAAAGGACGCGGCAGCGCCGCAGUCCGCGACAAAUCCAACCCCGCAGAAGGAGCUCUAUCCCAUGGUGAACUGGAAGUAUGACAUGUUCCUCUACAGCGUCGGCAACAUCGUGGACAUGUUCUUCCGCGAGGUCGUGCCUCGAGGUGCCUGGCGCGUUCCUCAGACUGGCCCCGUGCUGUUUGUUGCUGCGCCGCAUGCGAACCAGUUCGUCGAUGCCAUUAUUCUUCAGCGAACCCUCCGCUACGAGGCCAAUCGUCGAGCGUCUCUUCUCAUCGCCCAAAAGUCCGUCCACGGCUUCAUCGGCUGGGGCUCGCGCCAGGUCGGUUCCGUGCCUGUUGGUCGCGCUCAGGAUGCCGCCAAGCCCGCCACUGGCACCGUUUACCUUCCCGAUCCCAUCAACGACCCGACUCUAGUUCGUGGUAUCGGUACCAAGUUCGGCGAGGGCGAGGGUGAGAUACAGGGCAUGCUCUUCCUUCCACCUGGCAAGAAGACGACAGGUGCCAGUGUCGAUAUCGCUCAGAUUCUCGGACCCGAGGAGAUCCGCGUGAAGCGACCAUUCAAGGGCAAGCUCGCCUUGGAACAGCUUACAGGCCGCGAUGACAUUGACAAGGACGGCAACUUCACCAACAAGGCAGUGAAGGGUCCCGCCCCAGGAUACCAGGGCACCAAGUACAAGCUGGCACCUCAUAUUGACCAGACCAAGGUCUACGAGGCUGUCUUCUCGCGUCUGCGCAACGGUGGUUGUGUGGGUAUCUUCCCAGAGGGAGGUAGUCAUGAUCGCACUGAGCUUCUGCCUCUCAAGGCUGGUGUCGCUAUCAUGGCCCUGGGAACUCUCGCCGAGGAUCCCGACUGUGGGCUUAAGAUUGUGCCUGUGGGAAUGAACUAUUUCCAUGCGCACAAGUUCCGUUCGCGCGCUGUUGUCGAGUUUGGCGCUCCCUUUGAGAUUCCCCGUCACCUUGUUGAGCUGUACUGUAACAACCAGCGCCGCGAGGCUAUCGGUCAGGUCCUGGACAUGGUUUACCAGGCACUCAACUCGGUGACCGUCUCGGCGCCAGACUACGACAGCCUGAUGAUGAUCCAGGCGGCUCGGCGACUCUACAACCCCACUGGCAAGAAGCUCCCACUGCCUGUGGUGAUUGAGCUCAACCGAAGGCUGUGUAUGGGUUAUGAGCGGUACAAGAAUGAUGAACGAAUUACUUCUUUGUCCGCAGCGGUCAAGGAGUACAACUCGCAGCUGCGUUACCUGAACCUCAAGGAUCAUCAGGUGCAGUAUGCCAAGAUGUCAACCAUCAAGGUUGUGUUCCUAUCCAUCUACCGCUCCAUCAAGCUCCUGUUUCUCUUUAUCUGCACCUUGCCUGGGCUGCUCCUCUUCUCGCCAGUCUUUGUGGCCACCAAGAUCAUCAGUCGACAGAAGGCCAAGACGGCUUUGGCAGGUUCGACGGUCAAGAUCCGUGGUCGAGAUGUCAUGGCGACGUGGAAGAUCCUGGUAGCGCUGGGAUUUGCACCUACGCUCUACAAUAUUUAUUCGAUAAUCUUGUCGUUGAAGGUCUGGCAGGAUCGGCUCUGGGGCCAUGUUCCUGACUGGGUGCCCUUCUGGUUGGUUUACUUCAUGGUGUGGCCCCUCAUGGUUGGCAUCACAUUCGCAUCCCUGCGCUUUGGCGAGGUCGGCAUGGACAUCUUCAAGUCCCUGCGACCGCUGAUGCUGUGUCUGAAUCCGUCGUCGAACUAUAACAUUCACAAGCUGCGGCUCAGGAGAGCAGAGCUCAGCGCUCAGGUGACGGAUGUGAUCAAUACUCUUGGCCCUGAGAUGUUUGAUGAUUUCGACAAGGUGCGCCUUGUUCCUGACCUGUUCAAGACCGAGGGUGGUGCUUCAACGUCUCCAACUUCGCGUAGACGACGAGACAGUGACCAGUCGAGCACUGGGUUCGAUGCUGAGACACCACCAGCUCUGUCGCGACGAAGCACGACGCAAUCAAGCCGAGCACUGCCACGCAAUGAUUCGUUCAGCAACAUUGGCACGGUUGGCAUCUUCUCGACAAGACCACCAUCCCGAGCGCGCAGCCGAUCCCGGUCGAGCAGCAGUGGGGGCGGGUUUGGAUCUGGUGGAUUCCCUAUCAGCGGAUUCACUACUCUGGACUCGGCUGGCGGGUUUGAUGAAGCAAGCCGCAAGAUUCGAGAGGCUAUGAAGGUCCGAAGACGCAAGACAGACCAGGAGAAGACGGAGGGAGAAGAGGAGGAGGAGGACAGCGAGGAGGAGGGCUACGACGAGGCAAGGAAGAAGAACACCUAG